AUGGGCUACGCCAGGAAAGUAGGCUGGGUGACUGCAGGACUGGUGAUUGGGUCUGGUGCUUGCUAUUGCAUUUAUAAACUGACCCGGGGAAGAAAACAGAACAAGGAGAAAAUGGCCGAGGGUGGAUUUGGGAAUGGGGAUGAUGCUGGGGACUGUUCUGGGCUGCAGAAAGUGCUUUGCUUGGUUGAAAUGGCUGAAAAGCCUUAUAUUCUUGAAGCAGCUUUAAUUGCUCUGGGUAACAAUGCUGCUUAUGCAUUUAACAGAGAUAUUAUUCGUGAUCUGGGUGGCCUCCCAAUUGUUGCAAAGAUUCUCAAUACUCAGGAUCCCAUAGUUAAGGAAAAAGCUUUAAUUGUUCUGAAUAACUUGAGUGUGAACGCUGAAAAUCAGCGCAGGUUUAAGAUAUACAUGAAUCAAGUGUGUGAUGACACAGUCACUUCUCGCUUGAACUCAUCUGUGCAGCUGGCUGGACUAAGAUUGCUUACAGAUAUGACUGUUACUAAUGAGUAUCAGCACAUGCUUGCUAAUUCCAUUUCAGACUUUUUUCGUUUAUUUUCAGCGGGAAAUGAAGAAACCAAACUUCAGGUUUUGAAACUCCUUUUGAAUUUGGCUGAAAAUCCAGCCAUGACUAGAAAACUGCUCAGGGCCCAAGUACCAUCUUCACUGGGAUCCCUCUUUAAUAAGAAGGAGAACAAAGAGAUUAUUCUUAAACUUCUGGUCAUAUUUGAGAAUAUAAGUGACAAUUUUAAAUGGGAAGAAAAUGAACCUACUCAGAAUCAGUUCAGUGAAGGUUCACUCUUUUUCUUGUUAAAAGAAUUUCAAGUGUGUGCUGAUAAAGUUCUGGGAAUAGAAAGUCACCAUGAUAUUUUGGUGAAAGUAAAAGUUGGAAAAUUCAUGACCAAACUGGCAGAGCAUAUGUUCCCAAAGAGCCAGGAAUAA